AUGGUUGUCUCAUCCAGAGAGAUAGUGCUUGAGGAAGGGCAAAGAGUCGAGAAGCAGGACGAAGGAACCGCUCAGGAUGGAAGAUCCGCAUCAUCAGAUGAUCAACCCGAGGCCACAUGGGAUCCUGUUGUGGAGAACAAAGCACGCAGAAAAGUCGAUCGUUCGGUACUCUUCCUCCUUUUCCUCGGUCUAUUAGUUUUCCAGCUUGAUCGAAUGAAUCUUGCCAGCGCACUCACAGCAGGGUUUGCGGCAGACAUCAAUGUUGAUCAAAACACAAUCAAUCUAGGGAACCAACUCAUGUUCAUGGGAAUCGUCAUCUUUGAGAUUCCAUGCAACAUGGCAUUGCAGAAGGUUGGACCGCGAAAAUGGAUGGCAGGUCAGGUUUUGGCCUUUGGGUUCAUUGCGACGAUGCAAGUCUUUAUCAAAAAUCGCGCUGGAUUCCUGGCUCUUCGUCUGAUGCUAGGGUUUUCCGAGGCAGGAUAUAUCCCCGGAGGAGUAUAUACACUAUCAACAUGGUAUACUAAGCGCGAGUUGUCGAAGAGGGUAUCCGUCUUUUUCUUUGGCAUGUUUGGUGGAAAUGCAAUUAGUCCAAUAUUAGCUUCGGGUAUCUUGAAGCUCGAAGGUGCUCAUGGUAUCAAAGGUUGGCAAUGGCUAUUCAUGCCAUUUGUCCUGCUGUUGUUCCUUCCAGGGAGCCCAGACAUCCCUCGACCAUUGGUGGGCUCUGGUCUUGUUCGCUUCUCUUCCUCUGAACAAGAUAUCCUCCAACGGCGGCUUGAGCUAGAUGACCCGGAAGGAAAGAGAUCCGGAGUUCAGGGACUUGCCAUUGACUGGGCGCUUGUUAGAAGAACUGUUCUCCACUAUCGUCGGUGGCCCCAUUAUGUUGCAGCCUUUGCUGUCUUUUCCACAUGGUCACCUCUGACGACAUACACGCCCUCCAUCAUAGUGUCUCUAGGAUUUGAUCGGAUCACUGCCAACGCUCUUGCCGCAGUGGGAGCAUCAUUGGCACUCCCUGUCGUCUUUUUGUUCGGUUAUCUCAGUGAUCGGACCAAUCUCCGCGGUGGUACAGUCAUUGCUGGUCAUGUCUGCUAUCUCAUCACUUUGAUCAUCUCCAGGCAGCUUCACCCACAUGUUGGGAAAUGGUUUCGUUGGGGCCUUUGGACUGCGGUCAACAGUUUUGCCGUAGGCUAUCACCCUGUGUCGAACUCUUGGGUUCAACUUAAUUGCCGAGAGGCUGGUGAGCGCAGCAUAGCUAUCGCGAUGUGGGUUAUGUCAGCUAUUAGUGGACUCAUGGUUGGUACUCAGUACUUUCGCCCAAAUGACACUCCUUUCUACCAAACAGGUCUCCGUACUAUGAUUAUUAUGAUCGUGGCCCAGGCUGCUACUCCAAUUCGAGGUACAACACCUCUAAAAAACCCCAAUGGGCCUGAUGUGGCCAAGAUGCGCUUGGCGGCAGACAUCAUAGAUGGUUUUGAUGUGUUCUGGCCAGAAGCCCGCGACUGCAUUUCCACGCGAAGGACCUUAGAAGCUAUUAGUAUAAAGCCGUAG